UUACUAAUUCCUGGAAUGGAACGUCUGUGCUUCAGAGUGUGCAGCUCAACCUUAAGAUACACUAGACGGGCAUUCAAAGGAAUCUGAUGGGUGAGGCUCCUCAGUGCACCUUCAGCACUGCCAACAGCUCUAACAGGAACAAUAUCAAUGAGGAUUUUUCGGUGAACGUUUUUUCCGUGAACUCUUAUCCGCCAAGCAGAGCCGACUUCAAAGGGUGUGAUGCGGACAAAGUCAGAGCGACGCUACUGUGUUCUGGAGUUUUCCUGGUAUUGGUUGGAACAACGUUUACAAUAAUGGGAUGGAUAAAUUACGACGGAAGUAAGAUUUUCGAAUGGACACAGUUGCUCGGACCCGCUCUUCUAUGUAUCGGAGUAACCUUUAUAUUAAUUGGUCUUUGCAAAAUUAAGAAUUUCCAUUGCAAGUUUUGGAAAGUUAAUGAAGAACAAGCGGUAGCUGAUCAGAUACCCCCCACACAGUCUUUUGUUUUUACCGGAAUCAACCAACCCAUUAUGUUUCAUGGUACAACAGUGGUCCAAUAUAUUCCACCACCAUGCGGCAUUGUGACCAAUGACCGUAUCACGACGAACAAUAAUCAGUCCAGUGGGUUUGAGUUACACAGAGUCCCAACAACGUCACAGCCACCGCAAUACUACACCAUAUACCCCUUGGAUAAUCCUAUCUUUUCUGAAGAUGAUCCCUGCACACAAAGUCUUCGUGUGGACGACAGUGAUAUCAGGGACUGCGGCCCUGAUGAACGGCCAGACUGGAAGAUGACUGCUGAUGAGAUGCCAAAUUGUUCUGCACCACCAGCAUACGAAGACAUCUUUCACACCGGAAGAUACAGUUUUAGCCGUUCUUAAAUUUGAAAAUACCACAGAAUUAUAUGCAAGGUAGCUAUCAAGUUUAAUUAUUAUCAUAGAGAAGUAAAAUAUUUACAUUGGUAAUAAUAUAGAGGAGAGCUUUGUGUACAUUUAACAGGUGCAGAAGAGUCAAAAUUUAAAUAACCUUGUUUAAGAUGUUAUAUAUACAUCAAAUUAAUAUGUAUAUCAUUUGUUAGUAAUAACCUGAGGGGCCAAUAUAACGCUGUCCGUGGUGCUGGAGAGGGGUCUGCUUCCUCAUACGCCACUAAACAUCAACGUCAUUCAUGACUAUUAACAGUGAUUCCUGAUUCGUUUAUAAGAAGAGUGGUUUUAUUUGAAGAAAGGAUAGAGUUGACUUCUUCAACUACCUCUGUUAGUGUAGAAUGGGAGACAUCCUUUGUCUGACCCAGGCUGACAAUGUUCACUGUGAAUUUAUUGUUAUGGAGGACUGAAUUAUAAAGUCAUAUAAUACUGACCAAAUGCAAUAUAAAAGGAUGGAGAAUAAAAAUGUCAUAUGUCUGCUACAGUCUUAAUAUACAGACGUAAUGUGUAAUAUGUUAAUAGAUAUAUAAACUUGAUUUAUAGUACAGUAGCCAUUUAAGGGAAAUUUGAAUAUUUUAUUGACUUGACAAAUAUUGCCUUUUCAUAACAUAUACAACCUCACAAGUAGGCUACGAGUGUCAGUAGGGUAAAUAAAAUGUGCAAAAUGAAAAUCGUUACAUUUUUUGACCAUGGUCUGUUGAAUUAGAUGUAUUAUAUACACUGUAUAUUAAUUUAUUUCUCUACCUAAUUGUUUAGCUGAUUUGAAAUUACUUAAAGUGUAGCUUAAGCACUCUUUCUGCAUUUAAUACAUUGUUCGAACGCAGACUUACAUGUCCAGGUUCGUGUUGAAAGCCAUGAAAAGGGAAGUACAACACAACACAACACAACACAGAGGGUAAUACAUGUCACACCUGGCUACCAAAGCGACUUCAAACUCACUGAAAGUUACAGGUCGUUGUAGCGUCCAUGGGUCUCAGGAGAAUUCAAAUUCUUUUUCAUAUAUUUCGGAGAAAAAUAAGUCACACGUUUUAAAGUUUCUACAUUUAAAGUAAGAGAUAUCUGUAACUCAUGGGUCCUAACUGUUCAACAAGAUUGUUUUAAAUAAAAGAUGAAUGACUCAUUC